AGAAGUGUUCGAAUCCAUCAGUACAUCGUUUUCCUUGGAGCGCGCUCGUCUACAUCGACGUCGCGAAAAUGAUUGUUCGCAAUGGGACGUUAUGGGCGAUCGCGGCACUCGUUCUUUUUGUGAGCGUAUCAUUCUCGGAAACUGUGAAGUUACGAAAACCACGAAAGAGGACUACGAUGAAAACUCCGUAUCAACAGUCCAGAAUCGGACCGGUGAUCAUAAAAGUGAUGCACAAAUACAACGAUGAUAGUCUUACUCGCAGCGUGUCGGGCGGUUGCACCAGCGGCAAUUGCAGAAAUGCUCACGAUAAAUUUCACCUCGAUAUUAACGAAGCGAUAUCUGACGAAGACAAUUUUCUCUCGGACGAGGAAUCGUUACGUUACGUCGUGCACCCGGAGAAAUACGAGCAUUUCGUAUUGAGAAAGAAUACGGGACACGCAAACAAAUACAAAAGAGCAUCUGCAUUUUCGGAAACACGUUCUUCGCAUGCGAGCGAUCAUACAGUGCUUGAUCGCGACGGCGAUGUGAGUAAAGUAUCAAAAAACGAGAAUAAAGAAAAUCUUAUAAGAGUUCCGCUAUACAGAAUUAAUAAUACAAGGGAUUUUUCAAAACAUUUAAGCGAAGCGAGUGAAGUAUCGGGAAAUGAAAAGAAAGAAAAUCUCACGAGAGUUCCACUAUAUAGAGUUGACAGGAAUAAAAGAGAUCUUUCAAAACAUUCAAGCAAAGCAAGUGAAGUAUCGGAAAACAAGAAUAAAGGAAAUCUAACGAGAGUUCCAUUAUACAGAAUUGACAAGAGUAAAAGAGAUACUUCUAAAUAUUCAAGCGAAGCAAAUAAAAUAUCGGAAAACAAGAAUAAAGGAAAUCUAACGAAAGUUCCAUUAUACAAAAUUGACAAGAGUAAAAGGGACAUUUCUAAACAUUCAAGCGAAGAAAGAAAAGUAUCGGAAAACAAAAAUAAUGCAAAUAUAACAAGAGUUCCAUUAUACAGAAUUGAUAAGAGUAAAAGGGAUACUUCUAAAUAUUCAAGCGAAGCAAAUAAAAUAUCGGAAAACAAGAAUAAAGGAAAUCUAACGAGAGUUCCAUUAUACAGAAUUGACAAGAGUAAAAGGGAUAUUUCUAAACAUUCAAGCGAAGAAAGAAAAAUAUCGGAAAACAAAAAUAAUGUAAAUCUAACGAGAGUUCCAUUAUACAGAAUUGACAAGAGUAAAAGGGAUAUUUCUAAACAUUCAAGCGAAGAAAGAAAAGUAUCGGAAAACAAAAAUAAUGCAAAUAUAACAAGAGUUCCAUUAUACAGAAUUGACAAGAGUAAAAGGGAUAUUUCUAAACAUUCAAGCGAAGAAAGAAAAAUAUCGGAAAACAAAAAUAAUGUAAAUCUAACGAGAGUUCCAUUAUACAGAAUUGAUAAGAGUAAAAGAGAUACUUCUAAAUAUUCAAGCGAAGCAAAUAAAAUAUCGGAAAACAAGAAUAAAGGAAAUCUAACAAGAGUUCCAUUAUACAGAAUUGACAAGAGUAAAAGGGAUAUUUCUAAACAUUCAAGCGAAGAAAGAAAAGUAUCGGAAAACAAAAAUAAUGUAAAUCUAACAAGAGUUCCAUUAUACAGAAUUGAGAAGAGUAAAAGAGACCUUUCCGAGCAUUCAAGCGAAAUAAGCAAAGUAUUGGAAACCAAGAAUAAAGCAAAUUUAACAAGAGUUCCGUUAUAUAAAAUUGACAGGAGUAAAAGAGAUCUUUCCAAACAUUCAAGCGAAACAAAUAAAGUGUUGAAACCCGAGAAUAAAGGAAAUCUCACAAGAAUUCCACUAUACAGAACUGACUACAAUACAUGGGAUCGUCCGAAACAUUUAAGCGACAAAGAUAAAAGGGAUCUUGCAAAAUCUUUGGGUGAAGCAAGUAGACCGAUUAGAAACGACAGUGAUUAUUACGCUCAGCGAAAAGCUGUCAUGGAAAGAUAUUACGCUAGGCAGCGUGAGAUAAACGCGCGAUAUGCUAAUCGAACGAGCGCUAUUCCGAGAUUGGAACACAACGACGUGUCGCAGAAUCGUUUGACGACGAACAACGCCACUCUGUUCAAUCUCGGACGUGUAUACCCUAGUAAGGAGUCAGCGGCGAGGGACAGUGCGACUUUUCGUCAUUCAUCCGCAAGGAUCGAUCCAAUAUACAGCAAUGAAUCACGGUACAACAAGGUGCCGAUCGAACUGGACAGUCGGCGAAACGUCGCUCUGGAAAACGGCCUCGGUUUCAAAUCCGACGCGGAUUUGUCUCAGACGAGAAGCAGCGGUAACAUCGAAAGAAACGCGUUGGACUAUUUCGUCACGCCCACGCCAUGCACGAAUUUGUCCUUAUCUGGCACUUUAGCUCCGAAAACGCGACUCAAGCACGCAAAAAAUUCCACCCGUGAGACGGGGCUGGACGACGAGGAUUGCAAUCACAAUUCAACAGAUAACGACAACGUCAGAGGCAACCUACGAUGGGGAAGAUGCGAGGGGAAGAUUGUGUAUCAGCACAAUUUACUUCUCGGAUUAACUGGUCCCUCGAACCUUGACGCGUUGUUCGAGGUGAUUAUUCAGGGUCCGGUCUGCAUCACCUGCGUGGAGGCGUUACGUUACAACGAGACCAGAGCGACAGUUAGGUUGGAUUCCGGGGGACGUGGCCACGAGUAUGCGAAGCUCAGGCUACAGGGUUACGAGAACGAAGGAUUUUCCUAUAUAAUAAAAGUCUGGGGCGUCAACAAAACUGGUCAGACUUGCGAUAACGUAGACUAAUUAAGGAAGAGAGAUAUAAGGAGCAUAUGUAAAAAAUAAGUCGAGUAACACUACGUCACGUGUACGUAUAGAAAAUCUUUAAUAUAAAGAAGUAAUGUUUUUAUAAA